GGAAACGCCGCUCUUUCUACACUUCCGUCUCUAUGGAACAGGUGCGGCGGAGGCCAACGGAGAAGCGGGGAGAAAUGUUCAAAGUAGACCUGAGAUGGCUUCCAUGAAUUUUAGAUGUUUCCAGGCAUCUAUUUCUAGAAUGCAAGCAUGUAGACAGCUGCUAACUCGAGGCACAGCCUUGAACCAUUUUGGCCAGCAAAUUAGGCAGCUCAGGUUGUGCCCCCAUGGUUCUUCAACAUUGCGAACAGUGUGUUCAGUCUGUGGUUUUCAGUGCGCAGCUUGUAGAAACUACCAUAUGGAACUGGGAAACCACCCCGGCUAUGUUACGGGAAUGGUGCAACUCCAUGGAGAAGCUGGUAACAGUGUAAAAUCUGGCAGCACGUGGACGGAUGAACAGAUGUUUUUGAAGAAGUUGAACUGUUUCUGUUCAUACAAAGACAUUUUCAGAUUUGUAAGCACAUUGGAAAGUUUAUCUGACACCAUGGUGGCAGCUGUCCUUCAGCGGGUGUGUCACGUUCAACUGGAAGACAGUAUGCUGAAGAAUCCUGAAGAGGUGAUGGAGGAUGAAGUCUUCAGGUCACUUUGCUUCCAGCUGGAACAAGAAUCACCAAGCCUGUCUGAAUCUGGUCUUGUAAAUUCACUAAAUGCUUUGAUAAAAUUACGUGUGGAUCCCUGGAGUACCUUGAUGGUUCGUUUGGUGUCAGAGAGCCAAGAACGUCUUGAUAAAGGCCAGAUGACUAUUAGAAAUCUGUGUAUUCUUGGAGAAUCCUUGUUCAAUCUAGAGGGUCCAAGCUGUGCUAUUCUGGAACAAAUUAUGGACCAAGUGCAAAGUGCAAACCUGGAGAACUGGAAGGCUGAUGAAAUGGCUAUGGUCUACAAAAUGCUGCAGCUGGGUGUCGGGGAGAGAGGAAAAUACCAAGCCCUAUUAAACAAAAUGAGCAAUUUAACUGUAACUCGGGUUGCUCAGUUCAGCCCCGAAAUGACAAGUACAGUGUUAAAUGCUCUGGUGGUUCUUGAUCAAACCCAAGCCAUUCCUCUAGUGAUAAAGCUUUGCAAGCAUUCAGUACGGCACGUCCCACAUUUCACUGACAAUGAGCUAGAAAAAGUGCUGGAGGCUUUUAUUCAUUUUGGACACAAUGACCAGUUCUUCACUGAAGCUCUAGAAAGGCAUGUUGCCAAAUAUGCCUUCACCAUGCAUCCCAGUGCAGUUUCCAAAGUCAUGCAGUUCUGCAGCAGGAAGCGCAUCCUUUCUAAGAGCAUCUUCAAUGCAGUGGCGGAAAGUUUCAUCUACAAUGCUGACAACUUCACCACUGCUCAGAUUGCUGAGCAGAUUAUUCCAUUUGGAAAACUCAACUAUUUGCCUCCGUGUGCUCCUUCUCUUUUCCAAAAGCUCGAAAGGAUACUCAGCACUCGAUCGGCCCAGUUUCAGCCUCAUGUAUUCUUGAGCCUUCUUCAUGCAUGCACCCUAGUUGAACGCUACCCCCUGAAUUUCCUGGCAAAAGUGUUUAAUCCUUAUUUUCUGCAGCAGUUGCAAGCUGAAGGACCUGGUUUGAAGAAGUCUGUUCUUUCUCAGUUGACCCAGCUAUUUCUAACAGUUACACUGGAGUGUCCUUCUUAUGAGGGUCCCCAACUCCUUCCCAAGUACUUUGUCAAGUCCUUUCUCACGCCAGAUCGUUCAAUGGAGUCCUUGGUAGACAGUCACCUCUACAACAGAGUAAAGGCUGGCCUCACUGACCUCUUGGGGGCCCGAAUAUAUUUUGCCUCUCACGUGUUGACACCAUACUGCUAUACUCUGGAUAUUGAGAUUAAACUCAAUGAAGAAGGAUUUGUACUACCAGCUAAUAGACAUGAAGAGGCAUAUCAAAGAAUAGCUCUCUGCAUUGAUGAUCAAAGAAGAUUUUGCACCAACAGUCACAAUCUUCUUGGAAAAGAGGCCAUUAAGCAAAGGCACCUGCAGCUAGCUGGUUAUGAAGUUGUGCAGAUUCCAUUUUUUGAGUUUGAGUCACUGAAGACCAGAAGUGAUAUAGUGGAAUACCUGCACAAGAAAAUUUUUUCUAACUCUUAUAGGCUCAGCUGGUGAUUGAAAUAGAAUCCAAAUGAUGCUGACAGAUCUAUGAAGAUUGGUUUAUUAUUAUUUUAAAUUUGGGACUUGGUAAGCUACUGUGAU